AUGUAUCUUCAUCAGUAUGACUACAUCUUUGCUAUUGGCACUUUGUUUGCCAUGCUCGACGCCUUCAACAAUGGUGCAAACGAUGUCGCCAACUCCUGGGCUACCAGCGUCUCCUCCCGUUCCAUCUCCUACAGACAGGCGAUGGUCCUGGGUACCAUCUUCGAGUUCCUCGGCGCUGUGACUGUCGGCUCUCGCACCGCUGAGACCAUUAAGAACGGAAUUAUCCCCAGUGAUGCCUUUAAGGGCAAUGCUGGUGUUCAGAUGCUGGCCUUCACCUGUGCCCUGGCUGCCGCUUCAUCCUGGGUGAUGUGGUGCACUCGUCACUCAGCUCACGUCUCGUCUACCUACUCUCUUAUCUCCGCCGUUGCUGGUGUCGGUGUUGCCACUGCCGGUGCUUCGAAGGUCCAGUGGGGAUGGAACAAAGGAAAGGGUCUGGGUGCCAUCUUCGCCGGUUUGGGAAUGGCCCCUAUCAUCUCGGGUGGCUUCGCUGCCACCAUCUUCAUGCUCAUCAAGGUCGUCGUGCACAUGCGCAGGAACCCGGUCCCCUGGGCUGUCUACAGUGCUCCCCUCUGGUUCCUCGUUGCUUCCACCAUUUGCACCCUGUCUAUUGUCUACAAGGGCUCCCCUAACCUGAAACUGAACAAGAAGCCCAGCUGGUACAUCGCUGCUGUGACCGUUGGUACCGGUGGCGGUAUCUGCAUCCUAUCGGCCAUCUUCUUCGUUCCCUUCAUCCACGCCCGUGUCAUCAAGAAGGACCACUCCGUCAAGUGGUGGAUGGUCAUCAUGGGCCCUCUCCUCUUCAACCGCCCUGCUCCCACCGACGCUGAGACCGCCAAGGUUCCAAACUACGCCGUUGUCCAGGACGAGGAUGACUACGCCGUUUCCACCCGCACCAACGGCUCCAUUGACAAGGAUGCCCUGACCACCACAAUCCCCGCCGAGGACAAAGAGCAGGGACUCGUCGUCACCGAGACCACCCAGCUCACCUACAAGGAGAUCAUCGCCAAGUCUGAGGCCAAGCACCGCGAGAAGCUCCUUAAGGGUAAGGGUCCCCUGGGCUGGGCCUUGCGUUUCCUCCGCGACAACCCCAUGGGCUCUGGCGAGAUCUACGAAAUCCGCAACAUGAUGACCAUGUUCAAGCGUAUUCCCCCUAUGAUCAUCGUCGGCCUCAUGUACGGUGCUCAUUACGACAUCCACACUGCCCAGAGCGGUAUCGCCGGUACCCCCGAGGGCGAGCGCAUGAAGCGUGUCUACGACGCUGCCGAGAAAUACCCCAACGAAGUCGAGCACACCUACUCCUUCGUUCAGGUCUUGACUGCCUGCACCGCUUCCUUCGCCCACGGUGCCAACGACAUCGGUAACUCCGUCGGUCCCUGGGCUGCUAUCUACUCCGCCUGGUCGACCGGUGACCCUGCCGCCUCCAAGUCCCCAGUUCCCAUCUGGCAACUCGCCGUCCUGGCCCUGUGCAUUUCCACCGGUCUGAUCACCUACGGUUACAACAUCAUGAAGGUCAUGGGCAACAAAAUCACCUACCACUCCCCAAGCCGUGGCUCAUCCAUGGAAUUGGGCGCCGCCAUCACCGUCCUCGUCUUCUCCCAGUUCUCUCUGCCCGUAUCUACAUCCAUGUGUAUCACCGGUGCCACCGUCGGCGUCGGUCUGUGCAAUGGUACUCUGAAGGCAGUGAACUUCCAGCGUGUUGGUCUCUUGCUCCUUGCCUGGAUCAUGACUAUUCCCAUUGCUGGCACCAUUGGUGGAUGUCUGAUGGGUCUUUUCAUUAAUGCGCCUCAUUGGUCUUGA